AUGAGGAACAACUACUUCACUCGGCCCAUUCCAUCAGAUAUUCUCAGUCUCUACUUGAUUCAAUUCAGUUAUUACCUCUCUGGUGUCUACCUGGAGUUAUACAUGGACAAAAGGAGGAAGGAUUCUACCCUGAUGUUGUUGCACCACUUUGUUACCCUGGCGUUGAUGUACUUCUCCUACAUGGGACGCUACCUAAAACACGGUUGCAUCAUCUUCUUUCUCAACGAUAUUUCCGAUGCUAUUUUGGAGACGGGAAAGAUCUGUCUCUAUAUCAAUCAUAGAGGUGGAAUUCAACGACCCUUUGGCGAGUUCUGUUGCAACGCAAUCUUCUUCUUCUUUACGAUCUCCUGGUUCUACUUUCGGAUUUACCUCUACUGUGUACGACUCCUCCAUGCAACUAAUUGGUGCGUCUACCUUCUGCGUGAUCAUUGGCUUCCGCGAAUGUACCUCUUCUUCAACGGCCUUCUUUGGACCCUCUUUGUGAUGCAACUGAUUUGGAGCUAUUAUAUUCUUUCAAUGUGCAUCCGAUUGGUAACUGGAAAAGACAAGAUGUUAGAGGACAUAAGGGAGGAGGAAAUUGAACAAUCCAAUGGCCCUUUUAAGAAUGGAAUUUCUACUGCAAAGAAGGAGAAAUAA